ACAGAUGGACUUAUAUCUACUACUUAUUUGUUUUUUCUUUUCUACUUGUCUGUGGUGGUCCUGUGGAUAUUAUUGUUUAUUAUGUGUUUUCUUUUUUUUUUUUGGGAUUUCUGCAACUUACUCAUGUCAUACAAGCCUACUGCCUGCUAGUUAGUGCUACUAUAUUAAAGUUGCUGUUUUCUACACUUCUUGAAUUAUUUGAUGUUGUUAUAAACUGUUUUCUGCAUCUGGGUUGCUCUCUUUUGUGUAUUUUUGACUUUUCAUCUGCUUAAUUUGGUCAAAGUUUUGAACUUUUGUUAUGGUGUAGUCGUGUUUUUAAAGAUCUGAACUUUCUGGUAGAAUUGUAGAAUUGGGCUGUGUUAAGCUUGUAUAACAGGUUUUAGUUGAUCUUGGAUUUGGAGGAGUUUGAAGUGAAAAGAUAUAUACUGAAGUGAAGGAUUUAAGUUGGUGAAGAUGGAUGGGAAGUGUAAGACCAUUGUUUGGUUUCGGAGGGAUCUUAGGAUUGAUGACAAUCCUGCCUUGGUUGCCGGUGCAAGAGAUGGUUCCAUUCUGCCUGUGUUUAGAUGGUGUCCACAAGAAGAAGGGCAAUUUUACCCGGGACGAGUUUCAAGGUGGUGGCUCAAGCAGUCUCUUGCACAUCUCCAGCAAUCCAUGGAGUCCCUUGGUGCUAAACUUGUCCUAAUCAAAGCACAAAGUACUUUUAAAGCUCUUUUGGAAUGCAUCAGUGCUGUUGGGGCAACAAAAGUAGUAUAUAAUCAUCUUUAUGAUCCCGUUUCACUUGUUCGUGAUCACACAAUCAAACAAAAGCUUGGGGAACUUGGUAUAUCAGUGGAAAGCUAUAAUGGAGAUUUGUUGUAUGAACCAUGGGAAAUAUAUGACAAUGAUGGACAUGCCUUUACAACCUUCAAUGCAUACUGGGAAAGGUGCUUAAAAAUGCAGAAAGAACCGACAUCUCAUCUUCCUCCAUGGCAAUUAGUUCCAGUUGAAGGAAUAGUAAGCGAUUGCUCAAUUGAGGACCUGGGUCUGGAAAAUGAAAUGGAAAAAUCUAGCAAUGCUCUAUUAGGCAGAGGAUGGUCUCCAGGUUGGAGCAAUGCCGAUAAGGCUCUAAACACAUUUGUUGAACACAAUCUGAUUGACUACUCAAAGGAUAGGGUAACAGUUGCAGGGAACUCGACAUCACUCUUCUCACCAUAUCUUCAUUUUGGGGAAUUGAGUGUGAGGAGAGUGUUCCACUGUGUACGUAUGAAGCAGAUAUUGUGGACAAAAGAAGCAAAUAGUGUUGGACAAGAGAGCGUUUCCCUGUUUCUUCGGGCUAUUGGGUUUCGAGAAUAUUCUCGUUACAUUUGUUUUAACUACCCAUUUACUCAUGAAAGAUCAUUGCUAAGCAACCUGAAGUUUUUCCCUUGGCAAGCGAAUCAGGACCAUUUCAAGGCUUGGAGACAGGGUCGUACUGGUUAUCCAUUAGUUGAUGCUGGUAUGAGAGAGCUUUGGGCAACAGGGUGGAUGCACAAUAGAAUAAGAGUGAUCGUUUCCAGUUUUUUUGUAAAAUUUCUGCUUCUACCAUGGCAAUGGGGAAUGAAGUACUUCUGGGAUACACUUCUGGAUGCAGAUUUGGAAAGUGAUAUACUUGGUUGGCAAUACAUAUCAGGGAGUUUGCCAGACGGACAUGAGCUUGAGCGUCUAGAUAGCCCACAGGUCCAGGGAUUUAAAUUUGACCCUGAGGGUGAAUAUGUGAGGCAAUGGCUGCCUGAGCUAGCAAGAAUGCCCUCUGAUUGGAUCCAUCAUCCCUGGGAUGCACCUCCUAGUGUACUUAGAUCUGCAGGGGUGGAAUUGGGAUUGAACUAUCCAGUACCUAUUGUUGACAUUGACUUGGCAAGAGACCGUUUAUCUGACGCUUUACAGAUUUUGCGGGAAAGAGAAGUUGUUUCAAGAGCGGAGAAAUCUGGUGGAAAUGAUGAAGUUGUUGGGGAUAACUCUGACUGUAUUGACAAUUUAGCAAUUCCAAAGGUUGUUCUUAAGGAGAGGGCUCCUUGCUCUGCGACUUCUUCUCACGAUCAGCAGGUACCUUCAAUGCAAAAUUUUAAGACUGGCUUCUCUAGUCGCAAGCGAUUACUCCCUGUUGAAGAAGGAAAUCUUAAAAAGAACAUGAAAAUAAGUAAUAGUGAAGGUGAAACAUCAAAGAUGGAUGAUGACUUGUGCUCCACAGCUGUGUCGUCUUCAUCAAAGAAGCAGACAACUUGUAGCAGGACUUCCUUUUCGGUUCCCCAGUCCUCUUCAGUAUCUUCUGAUCUAAAGCAGCCAUCCAAUGUAGAAAUAGAUAUGGAGAAUAGUUCAGGCAAUUAAGGAUACGUGGGAGUAUGAUGGUUUAGCAUCUGAUUUCCUCUUAGCCGUGUAUGCACGGAAAGAAAAGGAUUGUUGGAGUUGCUUCUCUUUCCCAGCUGUGAGGUUGUGUAUAUUUAUUCUGUUGAUUACACGGUCCAGUGUGUUGUAUCAUUCAAAUUUGAGUAGCAAGACGGAACCAAAUAUGCAGCAAUGCCUUUGUGUUUGACAUUGUGGAUGUUUUCAGUAGUAAUAAGUGACACAAUGUAUUCAAAUACAGUGAUUCUGUAUAUUACAUAUGGUAUAAUUUACAUGUUUGUAGAACAUAUGCAGAAUGUGCUUAAUGGAAAGUUAGACUUUUAGCAGA